UGUAAGGGUUCACUCAAGUGGUAAAAGGAGUAUUUCAACAGCAGUCACUGCACCAGUUGCAUCACUUAGAUCCUUGGCGACAAUAUCGCUUUUAGCUUAACAGCAACUCUCCUUAUUUCUGAAAGUAUAGCAACUUGCAUCAGUGCCUUAUGAGUGCAGUAAUGACUCCAACAGAAUCGAUCUGCUGCAGCACUCAGCCUGCAAAAGAAUCAACUUGUCGUGGCCACACUGGACAGACCUCUGCAGUUACGUCUUUCAUGAUUGACGAUAUUCUGAACCCCUCAAGAAGCUCUCGCACCAUCAGCUCAAGCAGUGGAGCAACAGAGGGGACUUGCUGCAGUGAAGAAGUUACAAGAAGAAGUGAUUCACCAGUAUCCAUGUUUUCUGAAGAGACUGAAAGAGAUGGCAGUCCUGAUGGGUCUGACUCAGACACAGAGAGAUCUAGCUCACAAGGUAGCAGUUCUUCACCUAUGAAAACCAAGAAGAGACGACCAAGGGCACUUUUUUCGCACGCUCAAGUGUUUGAGCUCGAGAGACGAUUCUCCAUCCAAAAGUAUCUAACAGCGCACGAGAGAGAACAACUUGCCAGUGCACUGCGUUUGUCUGAAACACAAGUGAAAAUCUGGUUCCAGAAUCGAAGGUACAAGAACAAACGUCAGCAUAUUGAGCAGCAACGGCUUUCCCCGAAAUCUCUCCAAUCCAUGAAGUCACCUUCGACUAGUUUUGCUCUGACAACGAUCCCACUUUUAAGUACCCAUCAACCGGUACCCAGGAGUGUGCUACCACCAUCCAGUCAGCAUCAGCCUAUCUACAGCAUCUCCAGUAGCGAGUAUCUCCGCUAUCCCCCGGGUCUCAUCAGACCCAAUAUCACUAUCUCCAACUCACUGUACUAUCCUCAUGCUGCUACCAUCAGUAGUGCCAUUCGACCACUGACUCCUCUCACGACGCAAACACUGAAUCCCUACCAUCACCACCCUCUACCUCAAGCUCUCAAAGUGCCAGCUGCCGGUGGUGGCGAUUCGUACGCUCAUGCAUAGUGACUGAUUUGCUCCUUUGAUUCCCCCCGUUUUUUUCCCUUUGUUUCAUUCCCACUUGUUCUUACUCCCACUAUAUUUAUGCGCAUACCCAGUAGUUUUCAUCACUUACAAUACUCUUUCCAACAACAAUAAUUAGUUCCGCCAAUUUUAAAAUCAGCUCUAUUUUGAAGCAACCUGAUCACAUAUUAUUAAUCUUUAUCAUCCAUAUAUUCAAUUUUAUAAUUGUCAAGAAAUUGUUCUAUAACUGA